AUGCGCAGGAAAUUGAGAGGGGAUGGUCGUGCCGCGAUUGACCCAGACAUUCCCCUCCGUUUGCAAGUAGAAUGCGAGCACAUUGCAGAGGUUGCCUCUCGAGGACUGAACAAUGCUGAUAGCGUCGGUUGGUGUGUUCAAACGUGGUUCUCAAAGAACCGCAAACGCGGCGCGCAUUGGCCAGACAGCUAUAUAACGCGCGCGUUCCCCCCUUCAGGAGGGAUUGACCAGGAAGGAAACCCAAACCUCCGUACGGUCCCUUGUGUAGUAACGGACUCCAAGGGAAGAAUCCUCACCUGGUACCUCCCGGGCAUCAUCACGGAAGACCGCCAAAGACAAAUUGACGAGGCCAUCCAAUGGCUCGCGUCCCAAGAUGCUGGACUUUCCAUGCGGGCCAGGGGAUCCUUCCGGGACGGCCAGCAGUACUUCUCGAAUUCAGGGCAGGGACCGAGGGCAGGCGUUGCAACGUAUGCUUCCGCGUGGCCCAUGCAAGGACACCCGAAUGGACCCUUUUCUCCCUCCACCAAUUUUAAAGACGAGAAGAAAGGAGGACUGGAAUUCAUCAAGAGGUUGACCGAGAGCACCGCGGUACUGGGCGCCGUCCUUGCCGUGAUCCACCCGAUACUGUUUGAGGCUGGACUAGACUCCUUCAAGAAGUUCUCCGAUAUUGGACGUCACCCUUCAGCGCGCUAUCUGUUAUUGUCAACCGGCGCACAGAUCUCCACCGGGAUGUUUGUAGCCCGCCCUACAUCUACGAUUUGCUCUACACCGGAGGUCGCUAUCGACACGGGGUCAUCGACAUACGAGGAAUAG